CCUUCCCCCGAGCUGUCACCUUGUGAUUUCUGCAUUUUGCUUUCAACAUCCCCCUCCUUGACAGUUGCAGUGGUACAAAUUGUAACUAGGCAGCCAGAAAGCAAAAAAGUUUUCAAUAAAUGUCUAUGAGCUCAGAAUAUUUUACACGUUUAGUGUUUCCAUGGGAAUAACACAAUGGACUGGAUCAUUUUCAUACUUUUGUCAGUGUUAAAAGCUGCACUUUGUUUCAACAUCGAUCCUGUGGCUUGGAAGACCCUGAAGAACUCUUACGAAGGUUUUGGGUACCAGGUUGUGCAGAGGCCAUCAGACUUGCUGGUCAGUGCUCCUCUUGCACAGUCGUCUUCCACAGAAAGGGGGAAAAUAUUUAAAUGCUCCGCCGAAACUGAAUCAUGCAGUCCCCUACCAAUUCCAGGAUUUGCCAUCAACAUGUCUCUUGGUUUAACAAUGACAAAUGAUCCAACCACAGACAACACUUUGGCAUGUGGACCAACCAUUCCAACGGACUGCAAAAGUAUCACCAUGUACAGCGGUAUAUGCAUGCAGAUAGACAGAUCUAAUGGCAUCAAAGGUCCUGUACCUUCUACUGCACAAGAGUGCCGAUUAGCAGAUAUUGCAUUUCUAUUGGAUGGUUCAGGCAGCGUCUCCGAUCCGGACUUUCAAUUAAUGAAGAGAUUUGUGAGAAAUGUUGUCGACUCACUCAUGCCACUUGACACAAGGUUUUCUAUUUCCCAGUUCUCUAAAGAUCCUAAAGUACAUUAUUACUUUAAUGAUUUCUUAUCUGGAACUCAAUCAUGGCAAUCUAAAGUUGACAACAUUGGGCAACUCAGAAGUUCCACUUACACAGCCAAAGCCAUCGAGUUUGUGGUCAAUAAUGUUUUCAACACAACAAAAGGUUCCAGACCCAAUGCAAAAAAGGUCUUGAUAGUCAUCACCGAUGGACAAUCACACGACCGGGAACAUCUCCAAUCUUCAGCAGACUUAGCUGAGACAAACAAAAUUGUUCGAUUUGCUAUUGGAGUGGGGUCCGCAUUUGCCUCAUCUGCAGCAAAACAGGAACUGGACACCAUUUCAUCUUCUCCCACGGAAAAUGUUUUUCGAGUGCAGAACUUUGACGCCCUUGAAAAAAUAAGGGCGACUUUGCAGGCCAAACUCUUUGCUAUUGAAGGAUCGCAAACAGGUGGAGAGUCACUGAAAAUGGAAAUGGCUCAAGAGGGAUUCAGUGCAGUUUAUGUACCUGGGGGAGUUCAGAUCGGUAUGGUUGGGGCGAAUGUGUGGAAGGGAGGCUACCUGCAAUACUCAAUGGACACACUCCAGAAGACAGGCUCAUUUGAGGCCAAUAUAGAGGAAGACAGUUACGUGGGGUACUCCAUGGCUGUUGCCAGGACGACAAGAGGCACAUUGACAAUUAUGGGUGCUCCAAGAUAUAAACACCGAGGAGUUGUGAGGGUAGUUUACAACCACCGGAAAUACAAAACUAUUGACCCCUCUCGAGGGCAGUUUCAGGUUGGUGAAUAUUUUGGUGCCGUUGUUUGUGCGAUGGACGUGAAUCGAGACGGAUACUCUGACCUUAUCCUCAUAUCCGCCCCAAUGUACAUUGACUCUGAUCGAGAGGGAAGGGUUUACGUUUGCACCGUAUCUCGUUUGGAUGUUGAGUGCCACUUAGAUUCUCCAUCAGUACUGAGAGGGGAUGCAUCUCAAAGAGGAAGGUUUGGGUCUUCCCUUGCUGUACUGCCGGAUCUGGACUCAGAUGGUCUUAGGGAUUUGGCAGUUGGAGCGCCUUUGGAGAACGACGGUCAAGGCAGCAUCUACAUUUUCCACGGCGAAGGUGGAAUAAGGAAAAGGAUCAGUUCUACCUACACACAGAGGAUCCCUGGCUCUGAAGUCAAACAAGGACUAAAAUUCUUCGGCAUGUCGAUCAGCCAGUCGUCUUUUGACCAAAGUAGUGACAAUCUGCCCGAUUUAGCGGUGGGUUCAAAGGGCAGUGUUGUCUUACUCAGAUCAAAGCCUAUAAUAAUGGUAGAAGCUAGAGUGUCGUUCGACCCAAGCCAAAUCUCUACUCAAAACUCAGACUGCACAAAACCUUUGGAGAUCCAAGCUAAAAUCUGCUUCAGCAUGACAAGCCACUCUAGAGUCCAGCAAGCUAAAGCAAAGAUUAAUUAUGUUUUAACACUGGAUGCCACCCGCAAAGUCCCAAACAACCGAGCUUACGUUGUUGGGAAAAAACGAGAGGUGUCUAGAAACAUUUCUCUCGACCUGACUAGGCAGACAUGCAACACAGAACAAUUCUUAGUUGAGGCUUGUCCAGAAGAUUCUCUCAAUGCGCUGGACAAUGAACUCAAAUUCACCUUUGAAGGAUUGCCGUCUGCCCAAAGGCUCAGGCCGAGUCUCGCCCUGCAGGCUCAGACAACAACGUUUCAUCGCUUAGGGUUUGAGAUCAACUGCGGCACGGACAAUGUGUGUGUAGAUACCAUGAAACUGGAUUUCAACUUUACCAAGUGAGUUACAAUCGUUUAGCUUAACUUUGGUGUUUUCUGUAAGUGUAAUGCUGCGUUGCCCCUACAAAAGAAAAAGAGAUAUGUUAUCUAUUAA